AUCAAAGAUUUCGCCCUCCCAGUGUGGUGUCCUUCCCGUCGACCUUCCCCGCGCCGGGGACUAUGAUCUCUCGAGGAAACUCUCGAUUAGGGAUUGUGGUGGCAAUCAAGGGUUUAUUUAGUUAUUUAUGGUUUAGGGUUUUUGUAUGAAAUUUUGUUGCUUUCGAUUUGCAAUUACUUUUGGGUUACCGAAAUUUUCAUCCAUGGGAAGGCAUGUUAGUUCAUCAGAAGAAGACGAGAGAGUGAGAGCCCAGAUGAUGAAUAUGGUGAUAGGCGGUCUGAAAUGGAUAGAGACGAGAAGCGUCGGGCCGGGAUUUCGGACGAAGAAGGUGAUAAGAGUUCACGUAGAGACAAGCGAGGGAGGGAGCGUGAGGUUAAUGGUGAAGAUGAUGGAAGCAGAAUUUUGAAGAGAGAUGGGAGAGAAAGAGAUGAUGGCGAGGGAAGGGACAGGGAGAGAAGCCCCAGAAAUGUGAGGGAUAGACAGGACAUAGAAAGAAGCCGCAGGGGCAGUAAUGUUAGAGCGGAUUCGUCUUCUGAUGAUGAGGAAGAGAGACGGCCGAGAAGGGGUCGAAGAGAACGUCCUCCAAGUUCAGAUGAAGAUGAAGACAGAGAGAGAAGAAGAAGAGUGAGGGUGGAUAAAGAUGGUGAUAACGAGGGGAUGGAAAGGGAGAGAAGGCGUAAGGAUGAGGAAGGAGAGGGGCAAGUGUCUAAGAAUGUAGAAGACAGGAAAAUGAUUCAUAGAGUUCGUCGAGGUUCAGAUGAUGAAGAAGGUGAGCUGAAGGGAGAUAGGAUGGAAACAGAAGAGGUUGAAGAUGGUGAUGAGAGGAGAGGAAGGAAGAGAAGCUUCCGAGAUAGGGAGAAACAGGAUAGAGAGGGGAUUCAUAGAGAUGGGGUCAGAACAGAUACAUCAUCUGACGAAGAAGAUGAUAGGGAGAGACGCAGAAGAGAUAUACGAGGACGAGAGAGGAGACAUAGAGAUGACCGAGUAUCUGAUGAAGAUGAGGAAGGUGAGAUUAAGAGAGACAGAAGAGGAAAAGAGAGGGCAGGUAGGAGACAGGUUGCUGGUGGAAUUAAGAGAGAUAGAAGGGAGAAAGAUGUGGCUGAUGGCAACAGGCAUCCUGGUUCACGACGAGAUUCAGAGCGACACAAUGAUAAGGGACUUAGAGAUGAAAAGGAGAGGAGACACAGAGAUGGGUGUGAUGAUGAAAGAGAAAAGGAAAGAACGGAGAGAAAGGAAGACAGCAGAAGUUCUAGGAAAAGAGAAGAGAGAAGAGAUGAUAUGCAUAAGGAGGAUUCAAAGCCCAAGGGGCAGGGGCAAGGGCAAGAAGCCAAUGCAUCUGAUGAUCCCUUGGCUUUGGGAAGGAGCGGCGGCGUUUACAUUCCUCCAUUCAAACUCGCACGGAUGAUGAAGGAGGUGCAAGAUAAGAGCAGUGUUGAAUAUCAGCGUCUGACAUGGGAUGCUCUUCGUAAAAGUAUUAACGGGCUCGUGAAUAAGGUGAAUGCCAGCAACAUCAAGAAUAUAAUCCCGGAGCUGUUUGCUGAAAAUCUCAUCAGGGGGAGGGGUCUUUUCUGCCGUUCAUGCAUGAAGUCUCAAAUGGCAUCGCCUGGUUUCACGGACAUUUUCGCAGCACUAGUUGCUGUUGUCAACGCCAAAUUUCCCGAAGGAAAGAUUGUCUUGCAGCUUAAGAGGGCCUAUAAGCGUAAUGACAAGCCUCAAUUACUUGCUGCUGUUAAAUUCAUAGCACAUUUAGUAAACCAGCAAGUAGCUCACGAGAUCAUUUCUUUGGAGUUGCUUACGGUGCUACUAGAGAACCCGAGUGAUGACAGUGUUGAGGUAGCUGUUGGGUUUGUGACAGAGUGUGGUGCUAUGCUUCAAGACCUUUCACCAAAAGGAUUGCACGGGAUUUUUGAGCGGUUUCAUGGUAUUCUUCAUGAGGGAGAGAUAGAUAAGAGAGUUCAGUUCCUCAUCGAAGGAUUAUUUGCCAUUAGGAAAGCUAAAUUCCAGGGUCACCCGGCUGUUCGUCCUGAAUUGGAUCUUGUGGAGCCUGAAGAUCAAUUGACGCACGAGAUCUCUCUCCAAGACGAGAUAAAUCCAGAAAUUGCUCUCGAUAUUUUCAAACCUGAUCCUGACUUCCUCGAGAAUGAAAAGAAGUAUGAGGAACUGAAGAAUAGUAUUCUUGGUGAUGAAUCUGAGGAUGAAGAUGGCUCGGAUGCUGGUUCUGGGGAUGAAGACGACAAUGAAGAAGAGGAAUCUGACGAAGAAGACGAAGAAAGGACGAAAAUAAACGAUGAGACAGAGACUAACCUUGUGAAUUUGAGGAGGACAAUAUAUCUGACGAUAAUGUCCAGCGUUGACUUUGAGGAAGCUGGUCACAAGUUGCUCAAGAUAAAACUUGAACCAGGACAAGAGAUGGAGCUAUGCAUUAUGCUUCUGGAAUGCUGCAGCCAGGAGAGAACUUAUCUACGGUACUAAGGUUUGUUAGGACAAUGCUUCUGCAUGAUCAACAAAGUUCACCAAGAGAAUUCCGAGAAAUGUUUUGUUCAACAGUACUCCAUGAUCCAUCGGCUCGAGACAAAUAAGCUGCGUAAUGUGGCAAAGUUUUUCGCUCAUCUGCUAGGCACAGAUGCUCUUCCUUGGCAUGUUCUUGCCUACAAUCGUUUAACUGAGGAGGACACCACUUCAUCAUCCCGUAUCUUCAUCAAAAAACUUUUCCAGGAACUGUCAGAGCAUCUGGGUAUACGGCUGCUGAACGAGAGACUUCAAGAUCCAACAAUGCAGGACUCUUUUGAAGCUAUCUUCCCCAAGGACAACCUCAAGAACACAAGAUUCUCAAUCAACUUCUUUACAUCUAUUGGUCUUGGAGGCAUUACAGAGAAUCUUAGAGAAUACCUCAAGAAUAUGCCUCAGCUUAUCAUGCAACAGCAGAAACAAGCUUCGGAAUCUGAAUCAGAUUCAGAAUCAGGAUCUUCAUCUGCCAGCUCUAGUUCUUCAGAUUCUGCCAGCGAUACAUUAUCUUCCGGUUCUGCUAGCAAGAGAGUCGACAGGAAGAGGAAACGAGGAAGAAGAGGUUGACAUUUCCUUUUUUUUCUCUCAAUUUUGGCCGAUCUCUUGAAUCAAAAGCCAGUUUCUGUCAUCUCAAAUCACACAAGUUUGUAGAAUCAUUGAUGGUGAAUUUUGACUUGUGCUUCAAGAAAUGUGAGUUCCAAUU